AUGUGGGACUCGGAGUUGUUUGAUUACAGGGAAUCGGUGAAGAAAAUGAAUUUUAUUAUCAUUAAAGGUUGGCUUAAAGGUUAUAAUGAAGUUUUGAGUGUUGUUAACGUCUAUGCUCCUCAGAGUACCAGAGCCAAACAGGAUCUUUGGAACGAGAUUCAAGCGGAGAUGGCGUCUGAAGAAGGAUACUGGAUAAUUGCGGGAGAUUUCAAUGCGGUUAGAGUCAGAGAGGAAAGGAGAAACAGUGAAUUUAAACCGUCGUGUCCGAGAAACUUUAACAAUUUUAUUCAUAAUAAGGGCCUCGUGGAGUUCUAUAAUUCGUGGCUGAAAAAGGAAGGGCUGGAAGAUGUUGUGAAGUCGGCUGCUGCGUCGUUUAAAUUCAGUGGUGAGCCAGAUCUUUUUCUAUCCAAAAAACUAGCAUUUAUUCGAUCCAAAAUCAAGAUUUGGAGGGACGAGAUGAUUGAAAAAGAAGGAGAGGAAGAAAGAAGGGUCAGAGAUGAUUUAGAAAGGCUUGAAGAGUUAAUGGAAACUAGGAAUUUAUCGAAAGACGAGGAAUGGACGUUCGCGGAAUGCAAUAAAGUGCUUAAAGACUUGAGUUUGAAAAAAGGAGAAGACUUAAGACAAAGGUCGAGGAUUAAGUGGGCCAUUGAUGGUGAUGAGAAUUCAAAUUCUUCCACGAGGUUAUCAACAAGAGAAAGGCAUCUAACAACAUUCCAGGUUUAUCUAUUAACGAUAUUUGGGUGA